UUACCUCUUCUUGACUAACGAUUGAGCUUAUAUCCUUUCUAGACUACUAAACCUACGCCUAUACCCUCAUUGUAUUUUGCUUGGCUACAGAAAACUUCCAGCACGGUCAUGGCUGCGGACAAAUUUGCCGAUUCCAGUAUACACCGUGACCUAUACCGCUCCACUGCGUCCGAGAUUGCGUCCUUGAUCAGACCCGGGAUCAUCACGGUGGAGCAAUACGUUCGCAGCCUCCUAGCACGUAUCCGGAAACGGGACGAACACGUUCAAGCAUGGGCGUUUCUAGACCCAGAUUAUGUGAUUCGUCAAGCGAAGAUGUUGGAUAAUGUUCCCGAAGAUUGUAGAGGACCAUUACAUGGGAUCCCCAUUGCAGUCAAGGAUGUGAUCAAUACCAAAGACCUACCAACUCAACAUAAUUCUCCCGCCUAUAAAGACAACCAACCGUGCGUGGAUGCGACCUCCAUCGGUGUCCUCAGGGAAGCUGGAGCUCUUAUCAUCGGCAAAACGACCACGACUCAAUUUGCAGCGAUCAACGUCGGCCCAAAAACCCGUAAUCCGCAUGAUCCAUCUCGUACACCAGGUGGUUCAUCAUCUGGAUCGGCAGCAGCAGUCGCAGACUACCAAGUGCCACUUGCGGUAGGUACUCAGACUGCUGGAAGCGUGAUCCGCCCGUCCUCGUAUUGCGGGAUAUACGGAAUGAAGCCAACAUGGAACGCUAUUUCACCCGAAGGCCUCAAGAUCUUCUCGAUUUCCGUCGAUACGUUCGGGUUUUUCGCUCGCUCUUUGGAAGAUUUGGAACUGCUUGCGAACGUGUAUGCAUUGACUGACGAUGAAGACACGCAUGUGGUGGAGGAUUUGACUGUCGAUGAAUUCAAGAUUGGCAUGCUCAAAACCGUAGUAUGGCCAAAAGCUGGACCGGGUACGAUUGCAGCUAUGCAGCUCUGCGCAGAUAUCCUGAAAAAGCAUGGAGCAGAUGUUGAGGAAGUACACCUUCCUCACGAAUUUGACUCAAUGCCCGACUACCACGAGCAGAUUGUGGCUGGAGAUGCCCGAGCCUCAUUCUUGGGCGAAUAUCGAAUGAACAAGAAAGAUCUUGACCAAGAAUUGGCCGACUACGUGGAGAAUGCGUCCAAACUGUCUUGGAAGGAUCAUUUGCACGCCAAAGACAGCGUUGCAACACUGCGACCGAGAUUCGACAAGAUCGCUGAACAGUAUACCGUUAUCAUUACUCCUAGUGUAGUUGAUGAGGCGCCAUUAGGCAUCGAAUAUACCGGGAGCCCGGUAUUCAACUCCAUGUGGGCGUCUCUUCACAUGCCUGUCAUCAACAUACCGGCGUUCAGAGGAGAGCACGGCAUGCCAAUCGGUGUCUCGUUAGUAUUGCCGAGACGUUGUGACAGACAGCUACUUCGGGUCGCUAAAGUGAUUGGCGGGUGUCUCAUUCGCGAUGGAGGAUGGAAGACGGAAUCAUGAACGUCAAGAAUACUUCGUUUUGCGAACCUCAUCUCACCAAUGCUCUCCAUCACUCCAGAACCCCGUCGUUCGCCCGUUAUACAAACAUACUACCGAGUCAAUCUGCUCCAUCAACUCCUGGUCGGAUGCUUGUUCGUUCCCAGCGAGAACAUUCUCUUUACUCUUCUCUAAUAGCGCUAAAGCCUUAUCCCUCAACUUCUUCGACUCCUGACGUCUACUCUGUCCAAGCAAGACAAGUGCUAGUCGCAGU